AUGUCGUUCGAUUUGGAACAAAAGCAGACAACCGCGCUGCAGGAGAUGCUGCAGCUGCGGAAACCGCAAACGAGCGCCUUCGGCGGCCGUGGAGGCUCCUUUGGGGGGCAUCCGGUAGGAGGCGGAGCUCCCUGGAAGGUUCUUAUCUUUGAUGAAGCAGCAAAGGAUAUUCUCGCUCCUCUAAUGACCGGCACGGUCGGUGCAGUUGUCUCUGUUGUAGAACGCCAUGUGGGAUUCAUUUGCUUGUCUCCCUGCGAGUUUUCACUGAACCUCCCCGGGCUGUUCUCGCGCAUGCACGGAACGUCUGGUGACGAGGCCGUGCAGGCCGCAAUCGAUGCAGCUGCUGAGGGGCUCCUCAGCGUCCUCGCAACUCUCGGGGUUGUGCCCCUGAUCAACUGUUCCUCAAGCGCCUCCUCGCCAGCUCGAAGCGUUGCCCUGAGGUUGCAGGAAAUGGUGGAGGCCCUUCCUGCGAAGGCUUUUUCGCAGAUGUUCGGAUCCGCUACAGCAGCGGUCACCAAGCCGCUGCUCAUCCUCCUGGACAGAGAAUUCGAUCUUUUAACGAUGCUGCAGCAUACCUGGCUCUACGGUGCCCUGAUACAUGACCUUCUCAAGCUUAGGCUGAACAGGGUCACUGUAACAACUGCGAGUGCAGAAGGAAAGGGCAGCACUCCGAAGACCUUUGACCUUGAAAAGCGAGACCUGUUCUGGAAAGAGCACGCGUUCUCCCCCUUCCCAGUGGCUGCAGCGGCCGUCAGCCAGAUGCUGACCGAUUACAACACAGAGCUCGCUAAGAUGGGUCGUAGCAAGCCUGAUGCCUUCUCUCAACCAGGCGGGGCCGACUUCUCUUCCGAUAUUUUAAAGGCAGUCGAUGUGCUACCAGACCUCGCAGACAAGAAGCGUUCCCUCGAUGCGCAUACCACUAUUGCGACGGCCCUUGUCUCUACAAUCAAGGAAAGAGGACUCGACAGAUACUUCGAGCUUGAGCAAGGCCUCCCUCAAGACCGCGAGGCGGCUGUCACCUCAGCUGUCCGCCAGUGUCUGGCUCCUGAGGCUCCCGGGACGCUCGAAGACAAAUUGCGCCUCCUCGCGUGUCUUUACGUCUCUAGACCUUCUUUCCCAAAGCCACAAUUCGAAGCUCUCAUCUCCGAGUUGCAGAAACAAGGGGCAGACGUCGCAUCCCUUCAGUUCCUUAGCAAAUUCAGCGCAAUCCGCUCAAUGAACUGGGAAUUGCAAAGCGUGACCCCCUCAGGAACCUCCUCGGCCUCUGCGGCCCUCGAAGGCCUUGGCACGAAGUUUCUAGACAAAGGACGGGGGCUUCUUCAGGGGGUCAAGAACCUUUUGGUGAGAAAGGCGUCUCCCAUUGCGCAGCUCCUUGAGGGUCUCCUCGAGGGCCAGGAGGCUCCAGGACGCCAAACGAUGAGCCUCAAGCGAGGACAGCGAUCAUCAGGGCCCGGCAGCACAGCCGUGUCUCCUGGCGGACACUCAGUUCGAGGCAGCCCAGUUAGACAAGCAAUCGUCUUUGUUGUGGGAGGGGCCUCUUACGUGGAGGCUGCAGCGAUCAGAGAACUGGCUGCUAGGACGCAGAAACAGCUCAUCUUCGGCUCUACUGAGUUCGUAAGCCCCAAUGAAUUCCUGGAGGAAUUAACUCAGCUAGGCCACGAGUGA